UGUCACCUGUGUUCCCCGUGUGUUCCCACUGUCCUCGUUAACCCUCGGUGUAUUUCUGUCUGUGUCUCCCUCUGUUCGGCGUCGCGUUCUCCCUCAUGUUGUGUGGAUCUCCCCGUGUCUGCCUUCAAGUGGUAGUUUACGUUUUUCCAGUUUAAGUUUUGCAUAUCCUGUGUUCCGUCCUGCCAGCAUUAAAGCUGCGUUUUCAGUUAUCCCCGUGUCUGUGAGUUGCAUCUUGGGUCCUUCUCCCGCCUGCCGCACAACGCACCAUGACAGAAGAACGCGACCUUGACAUGGACCCAGCAACCCACAACCCCUCCGCUGAGCUCCGGGAGGAUUUGGUUUAUACGGUGGAGUACCACUGUCAGGAGUGGGAGGCGCUACCAGGAGACGGACACCGGGAGGUCGUAGCCGCCCGUCUACAGCGGAUGGUGUCCGGACUCCCGUGGCUGUUCGGCUCGCUGCACCCCCACAUCCGGGACUUCCUGGUUUCCACCGUAGGCGUCCGCCCAGAGCUGCCUCUCCAGUGCGAGGAGCCGGAGGAGGUCCAGCCCGGCCCGCUGACGGAUUCGCGGCCCGGCUCGUCUCCUCCACCAUCCCGGAGAAAACGGCGUUCACGCCGCCGACGCACCACCCCACAGCUGGACAUUCGGACUCCUACGUUACCUGCGGGGGUGAGUGAGGACUCUGCAUCUCUCCCUAACGGUGAGACCGUUCGCUCAGGGGCUGUGUUCUGCGUGGCGGAUGACAACACGAGCAGCUUACCGCCUGUCUACGCUACGCGGCGCACAGGGAUGCCAGAGGCCAGCGACUUUGGCGAGGAAGAGCGGCGGCAGGUGUUACAGGCUUAUCGGGAGGACGAGCUCCGGUGGAAGCCCUGGCUCAUCACGGAGGAGGACCUCUCACCUGCUGCACAGCCUACCAGCCGCUCGCCGUCUCCGAUCCGCUCAGACGUCACUUCGCCUGCCUCGUUUCUGGCAAGGAUGUGGGAAGGAGACUGGGAGAGCGCCGCUACGUCACCCUCUACAUCGGUGCCAUCAGCUCCCAUCGCGCCGGCUUCCUCUGCUCGUAGGAGGCGGCGCGCCCGCCGCCAUAAACUGGACAAUACUAACACUACGGGACAUGAAGUGGACGGCGGGUUCAUUUUCGAUAGAGCCGUUUUUGUCGACCCUGAGCCUGCCGUUUCUCGGACUGUUGUUCCUGAGCCUGCUCCUUUUCCUGUUUGUAUUUCACCUCCCAGGUCUGUUCAGUUAGCUCCCUCGCAGCCACCCUCAGUUCAGUCGGCUCCCCUCCUGGAAAACUCCGCUACCUGGUAUUCACUGCAUCGGCAUCUUUUCCCCUCAACAUUUGUUGCUAAAUCAUUCGACCCUCCCUUAAGAAAGAGACUGUGUCCUCGCUGCCUUCACCCCGGUACACCAGUGUCACCUACCCCACAACCACGUUCAGCUCAGUCUCCAGUGUCCCCCGUUACAGCUCUGUUCCCAGAGCCACCCGUCACAGCUCAGUCUCCAGUGUCCCCCGUCACAGCUCAGGUCCCCGAGCCACCCGUCACAGCUCAGGUCCCCGAGCCACCCGUCACAGCUCAGGUCCCAGAAGCUCCUGAAGCCCAGGCCCGUGAGACAGCGAGAGGGGACCGCACGUCGGCUGUACAGGCCGCGUCUCAGCCUGCUGGGAACGGCGUGAGUCUUCUCUCCGCCUCAGGCUGCCUUCUGCUUCGGUCCCCAUCCACGUCGGCUGGAGGGCCCGAGGGGCCCGUUCAGCUUCCUUCCACGUCGGCUGCACAGACCGUUUCUCAGCCUGCUAGGAACGGCGUGAGUCUUCUCUCCGCCUCAGACUGCCUUCUGCUUCGGUCCCCAUCCACGUCAGCUGGAGGGCCCGAGGGGCCCGUUCAGCUUCCUUCCACGUCGGCUGCACAGGCCGUUUCUCAGCCUGCUAGGAACGGCGUGAGUUUUCUCUCCGCCUCCGACUGCCUUCUGCGUCGGCUGUCUCUCCCAGCUGGAGGGCCCGAGGAGCCCGUCCAGCCUCAAGCCACGUCUGCUGGGGGGCCCGAGCCGCCCGUCCAGCCUUCGCCUGCUGCCGCCUCAGAGCCUUCGCCUGCUGCCGCCUCAGAGCCUUCGCCUGCUGCCGCCUCAGAGCCUUCGCCUGCUGCCGCCUCAGAGCCUUCGCCUGCUGCCGCCUCAGAGCCUGCGCCUGCUGCAGCCUCUGAGCCUCCGUCUGCUGCAGCCUCUGAGCCUCCGUCUGCUGCAGCCUCUGAGCCUCCGUCUGCUGCAGCCUCGUCUGAGCCUCCGUCUGCUGCAGCCUCGUCUGAGCCUCCGUCUGCUGCAGCCUCGUCUGAGCCUCCCUCCGUCCUCGCCUGGCCCGGCCUCCGAGCCUCCGUCCUCGCCUGGCCCGGCCUCCGAGCCUCCGUCCUCGCCUGGCCCGGCCUCCGAGCCUCCGUCCUCGCCUGGCCCGGCCUCCGAGUCGCCUUCAGCCUCGCCUGGUCCGGCCUCCGAGUCGCCUUCAGCCUCGCCUGGUCCGGCCUCCGAGUCGCCUUCAGCCUCGCCUGGUCCGGCCUCAGAGUCGCCUUCGACGGCGCCCGGUCCAGCGUCGGCCUUUGCUUCUGCUCCGCCUGGUCCGGCUCCGGCUUCGGCCUCAUCUUCGUCUGGCCCAGCCUCAGAGUCUUCGUCUGCUGCAGCUCCAGCCUGUGCUUCGUCUGCUGCAGCCUCAGAGCCUUCGUCUGGCCCCGCCUCGACUGGUCCUAUGCCCACUGGGCCUCGGCCGGUACGCCUGGCACUGGUGAGCCGCCGCUGCCUUCCGCGCGGCCGGCCUCCGGACCUGCUCCCUCGUCUCCCUCGUCGCCGCCGCUGCCUUCCGCGCGGCCGGCCUCCGGACCUGCUCCCUCGUCUCCCUCGUCGCCGCCGCUGCCUUCCGCGCGGCCGGCCUCCGGACCUGCUCCCUCGUCUCCCUCGUCGCCGCCGCUGCCUUCCGCGCGGCCGGCCUCCGGACCUGCUCCCUCGUCUCCCUCGUCGCCGCCGCUGCCUUCCGCGCGGCCGGCCUCCGGACCUGCUCCCUCGUCUCCCUCGUCGCCGCCGCUGCCUUCCGCGCGGCCGGCCUCCCGAGACUGCUCCCUCGUCUCCUUCGUCGCCGCCGCUGCCUUCCGCGCGGCCGGCCCCCUGAACUGCUCCCUCGUCUCCUUCGUCGCCGCCGCCUUUGCCUCCCGCCGGCCGGCCUCCGGACCGGCUCUGCCGCCUGUGCCGCCCGCCUGGUCGGCCCCCCGACCGUGUGGCCCAUGA